AUGGCGAGGCAAGCGCGAGUGGCGGCGACAAGAGAGGCGCUCGCUGGGAGAAUCGGCGCGCAAUCAAUCGGUGGGCGAAGCUCGCAAUCGGUCGCAGGACGAACCUUGAAGUCGCCAGGUGGAGCACACGCGAAGGCGACGGGGAAGAGAAAGGGAGGAGACAUUAUUGCGGACCCGAACACGCUCGGCGGAAGUUUGGAAUUCGAGGAUCUUCCCGAUUUCGCCGCCGCUGUCGCGGCGAACGAGCCGUGCGCUGUCGUCCCGUCGCGCGCUGAUCGCGCCGCGUCUCCUGCUGACCUGCUCGUUCCGUCGUCACCGUCCGUGCCGAUACGACCUGCCGCUUCCUUGGAAACCGCUCCUGCAUUUCCAGCUGCGCCCGGCCGUCCGUCACUCUCCCUCGCUCCCGACCUCGACGGCCCAUGCGGUUACGCUAUUCAUUCUUCGCUACCCGGAAACCGCGACGAUGCGACUUCCGCAGUCUUAUUCCCGCCUGUUCCGCGUAUCCCUGCUGCGGUUUCAUCCCUCGCCGUUCCUUCCGCUGUGCCUUCCGCCGUGCCUUCUGCUGCUGCGAGUAUUCCCCCGACAGUCGAUCCGAAGCGAAGGAGGUUGCUUCGCAACAGAGUCAGUGCUCAACAAGCUAGAGAGAAGAAGAAGUACUACAUUAACCCAGUCGGUAUGGCGGCAACAGGCGUCGCCGUCAGUCGCUUCGCGGCCACGUACCCUGGCAAAGCAUUCCCAAUGGACUCAAUAAGAUCUUCCUCGCGAAUUCAUCUCACACCUCCUAGAACCACCUCGCGAGCUCUCUUACUAGGACCGCAAGCCAGCGUGGUCGACGGCGUGGCGAACCGAGCCUCUUUUUUAGCUAGCAAGGCCGCAUUCUCUGGCGGGUUUUCUGCCGAUGUUGGCGGAACAGCGACGCUGAGGGUGUCAGGCGGGCGGCGGAGCGUCAUCCGCGCGUCCGGAGGGGAACCGGGAGGCGCGGGGAAAAGCGCAGGGGGGAAGGCCGAGGAGCGCGCGGGGCCCACGGCGGAAACCUCCCCGCUGGUGCGCUUCGCGUGGUAUGCGUCAGAGGCGUUCGGGAAGGCUGUGGCGGCGGUGCGCAGGGGAGAGGCGGAAGGCGGAAAGGGGAAGGGCGCAACGGUGGAAGGGGAGCCGGCGGUGGUUGAGCGCGACGCGGCUAUUAAAGCACUGAGAGAAGACUAUGACAAGUCGUACUUCGUGACAGGCGAGAUGACCAUGUGGUUGUACGAACCAGAUUGCGAGUUCGCUGACCCCUUUGUGUCGUUCAACGGCCGAGAUCGCUUCAAGCAGAACGUGUCCAACCUCGGGUCGUUCAUGGAGGAAGUUUCCUUGAAGAUUCUCGACUGGCAGGAGUCAGAGGGUACUGUUACCACCAAGUGGAGAUUCAGCUGCGUAUUGGGCCUGCCAUGGCGACCCAUUCUUGCUGCAUCUGGUUCGACAGACCAUUUCUUCAGCGAAUCAACAGGAAAAAUAUACAAGCAUGUGGAGCGGUGGGACAUUUCCCCUGCGGAUGGUGUCAAGCAGUUGCUCAAGCCAAACCCUAAACUCAGAAAGCGCUAG